AGCAUGGGGUCGUAAUUUACUUUUACGACAGUAUCCGGCUCUAUUUUCGUGCGGUUCAGUGAAGAAAGAGAAUGAGAGCUUGAAACCGGGAAUGUUAAAAUCGAUGAAUUUUAAUGUAACGUUCAAAGCCCGUGGAUGGACUGAAAAGUUGGCUGAACCUACCAAUAAACACACAGAUCGACCUAAUAAGAAAGUAAUCACCAAAGUCAGUAGUGAUUUUCCCACGUAUGAAGCGACUAGCAUCAUAGCGAUUUUAUCAGCAAUUACAAUCCUUAAUGAAGCUGACAAAAUGCCUGACAACGGAGGUGUAUUCACUCCUGGUGCUGCAUUUGGUAAAACAUCUCUGAUUGAGCAAAUGAAUAAACAUAAUAUUAAAUUCGAGAUUAUAUCAUCUACCGUGAAAUAGAGAUAUGUAGUAUAUGAAAGUUUUACAAUCCUUGACAAGAUUUUUUUUAAUACGCCAUAUUAUUUCGUUCGACUUUGACACUAACAUUUUAAUAACUUUGGAGUAAAGUUUAUGCUCUCUAUAUUAUAU